UUGACGUGUUGACUAUUAGAUCUCUAUUGGAUCUAGACUAGCACACACAUUUACUGCUGUCCUAUCAAAACAAAAACAAAAAAAACAUGGCGAUAUGCAUGAAUCCAAAUGUAAAUAAGACACGUUGACACAUUUUGUUCAUGUUACCAAUUAGAACUCGCUAUGAGUAUGAUUGGCAAUCUUUAUUUUAUACACCCAUGAGUCUUCCAGUGGACGACGACGACAUCAAUAUGUUGUCUUCACCAUAUCCAUCCAGUGUUCAUGAAUGGACAAAAGCCAUUCGCCGACCGACAUCCUAUCGCGUUGGGAAUGCCAGGUUUCAUUUAAAACCUCGUAUCGUUAUAUACGCCGUAUUAUUUUCUAUAUCUAUCCUUGUUUUGUUGAUUGUGUUCAUGCCAAAGUCACAUGGAUAUCACUGCAAUUCUGAGCAGUUCGAGCGUUCUAUUGCUAAGCAUUAUAAUCCCACUUAUCCUUUCACGAAUCCAUCUAGAACUUCAUUGGGUACUGUAUAUCAAAUAGGAUUGAUUACAGACCUUGACACAAACUCAAAAAGUAAAGAGAAAAAAUCUACGUGGUUUAGCUAUUAUCGCUUGGGCAAUCUAACAUUAUCAGAGAAAAAAGAUUCAGUUAAAGUAAAACUCUUUCAACCUAAUGUUCUUCUUUCAAGUAUAGCUGCUGGUGAUAGAGGAAUGGAAUUAUCAGAACUAGUGAUAUUCAAUGGAAAAUUAUACACAUUUGAUGACAGAACUGGUAUUAUUUAUGAAAUAAACAAUAAUAAUGUGCUUCCAUGGGUGAUUUUGAAUGAUGGUGAUGGUAGAACUAAUAAAGGUUUUAAAUGUGAAUGGGCAACAGUGAAAGAUCAGCGAUUGUAUGUUGGAGGUCUGGGGAAGGAAUGGACAACCGAACAAGGGGAAGUGGUUAAUUUAAACCCACAAUGGGUGAAAUCAGUCGGACCUGAUGGGGAUGUUCAGCAUCUUGAUUGGCAUGAUAAAUACAAUGCUCUAAGAGAAAAGACUGGAACUCUUCCACCAGGCUACAUUAUUCAUGAAUCAGGAGUUUGGAGUGAUGUACACAAAAAGUGGUUUUUUCUCCCUCGUCGAGCUAGUACAGAAACCUAUGAUGAGGUCAAAGAUGAGCGAAGAGCAACAAACCUUUUGUUUAUUGUGGAUGAAGAUUUCAAAAACAUUGAAGUUCGGCAGAUCGGUAAAAUAAAUCCGACCCAUGGGUUUUCAUCUUUCAAGUUUAUUCCUGCGACAGAUGACAAUAUUAUAGUGGCUUUAAAAAGUGAAGAAGAUAAUGGUAGGAUUGCAUCAUACUUGUUAGCCUUUGAUUUAAAUGGAAAUAUUUUAAUGCCAGAGUUCAAAAUAGGAGAUGUAAAAUAUGAAGGCAUAGAAUUUGUAUGAAUUUUUUUUUUUAGUUUCAUUAUUUUAUUAGUGUAUCCUUUUUUGGAUAAUAAUAUUUAUAUUAUUAAUGCUUUCAGAUAUUUUAUAGUAACUAUGAAUGUGUGAAAAUGUUCCCAUUGAAACUGAUACAUAUUGCUUCAGAGAAUAUUACAUAGCUUGUUUUUCUUUAUAUAAAAUCAAAGGCCUCUUUUUUUUUUCAUGUUUAACCUAUUAAAUCAAAUCUUUUGCACUUAUCACAUAAAAAUAAAUAAUAUCUAAAGAGACUUAUCACUUUAAGUUUUGUCGUGUAAUUGAUUUACAAUUUUCUAUUAUAAUUAAGGAAAUUAAAAUACUUCAUAUAAAUAUUUUUUAAGAGAUAAAAUACAAGCCACAAAAAUGAUUUUACAGAUUAUUUAUUAAGUAAGUAUAUUGAUCUUGUUUAGCAUCCCUAUGUAGAUAAUGUUAUCUCUUAAAGCAAUGAGAUCUAGCAUCAUAUUGGUCAAGCUUUUACUUCCAUUUGAUAUGUGAUGAAAAACGUCGACAUUUUGAUUCACUGUUAACAAUGUAGGUCUGGCUUCAUUAUUGUGUACAUUUUCUAUUCACUUGAUACAUUUUUUUUUUGUAUGCUGUAUAAUGUUAUGUAGUUGUUUUGUUGUUUUUUUUCUCAAAGUAAUAACUAAAUUGUAACAGUCUGAAGUGGACCUCUAUAGUUGUAUUCUUAAACCAUUCUAUGAUAGGACUUACACAAACAAAGUUGACAUGUUGUUGGUGUGCAUUUUUUAUUUUGUAAUGGAGUUUGAAAUUUCAGGUGAUGAAUAAACAUGACAUGUAAUCAUGUAACAUAUAAUUGCUGCACUAAGGUACAAAGGUUAUUGAGGCAAGGUGAAGAAAAUAUGGUGAAACAUAGAUAAGCUCUGUGAGGGGCUCAAACCGUGGAUGUCCGGGCCGGCCCCAUAACUUAGCAGCUACCAUCUGCUAGUCUAACAUCUGUUUAUUAAUUUUUUUAUUUGGAAAUUGUGUCUUUCUUAAAUCAUAAGAUAGAAGUGAAACUUUUAUGAUGAUAUCUAAUGCUUGUUGAAAUGUUCUUACAGUGGUUGAAAGAAGUUUUCUUUAUCUUUGUUUUUUUAUUUUAAUUUUUUUUUUUUUUUUUUAACUGUAAUUAAGGAAAUCUAUCAACAUUUUUUUUUAUGUUAUUUUAUAUUACAUGUUCCUUGAAGUACCAUUAUCUGACAAUGUGCAUAAAAUGUUGGCAUAAUUAGAUUCUAACUCAAUGUAUACAUAUGUUCUGAAAGUCUAUAUCAACUAUUGUAUACAAGUGCAUCUUUCCAGGAACAAAACUCUUAACCUCUUGAAACCAAUGCUUUUCCAGCUAGUCUCAUACACUUUGUAGGAAUCAUCUUUGAAAUUAUAUUCUGCCCCUUUCAGUCUUUUUCCAUUGUUUUAGACCAGUGGUGCUCAACCUUAUUUGGUCGGCAGGCCAUUUUAAUUUCCGACAGUUGUGUCGCGGGCCACAUCAACAAAAGAAAACAAACAUACAAACAAAAAAAAAACAGGAAAUAGACAAUAAACCAUUUUAAUUAGAAACCAUUGAAUCUAGUACUUCAUUGAUUUAGAAAAUUCAUCGUAAACCAACUUUUAAAUAUCCGGCUGCAUAGAUGAGACGCCAAGUCUGAGCACUGAAUCUAGAAUUCUAUAUGUUCUUUCGUGAGACUAUUAUGUAAUAUGGGUGUCACCCGAUUCAUCACUGAAAAGGUUUGUUCUCACAAAUAAGUAAUUUUUGUUAUCAUAGCUAACUCGUGUUUUCAUAGAUUUGGAAAUGUUUCUGCAAGCCACACACAGUAAAAAUCCAUUAUCUGAAUCAUUUUGAAAUUUGUCAAGCAGAUAUGUUUAGCUUUGUAAGUCAACCAGUUCAAGUUGCAGCUCUGUCUGGUUACUUAACACAUUGGACGCAGAUGAAUUUUCGAAACCACGAACUUUGUUCAAACUGAACACCAUCACAUGGUCCAGUCUGAACACGAUCAUCAUCACCAUACUUGUUGCACCUUCAGUAGUCACUCUCACUAAUUUCUCCCAAGCAAAAGAAAGGUCCUCUGUGAUGGUUGAAAAUUUUUUGACAGGAAUUUGCUAGUGGUUGUCCCAUGCAUGCUCCUCAUAGCUACUAACUUCUCUGAUUUCAAAACUGUUUACCGCGAAUAAAUACCAAGAUAUUGAGCGGUUUCAGAUAUGUUCAUAAACUCGGCAGCGGCAAUAGAAAACAUUUUGAAAUCUUGUUUGUCUUUUACAUUUGAAUGGAGGAAGAUGUCUACCCUUUCUCUCGCUUUGUAUUAUUAAGAGAAAGGUUGACAACGUCAACAGGAUUCUUCUUUUCACUAGGCCUACACAGUUCUUCCAUCUCUGCUAGCAAACACUUUUUAUGCAUUCGCCGUAGGAAAAUGGUUCUUUGUGGUAAAUGUUCUCAUCAAUCUUCCUUUUUAGGCGAAAUCUAGCAAUCGCAUCUAAAAACAUAAAUGCCAAUUCAUUUAUUUAUGUGUUUGGUUUCAUAAAGCUGUUUGUGUCCUUUAAAAGAGCCACUCUAUCUUUAUUAUUCUUUAUAAAACAAAAUAUGGUGGCUUAUUAUCGGCACCAAUCCAUUUACCCUAACAUAGAGAAAGAUUUUUUUUUCAAACUUUUUUUUUUAGGAGAGGGGAUUUUCUACACUUUUUGCCAACGUUUCGGAGGGCCGGAUGGAGCCACUUCGCGGGCCGUACUUUGGGCAUCACUGUUUUAGACACUUCCUCUUCAUUCAGUUUCUUUACAGUGUUACAAAAGUCUAUUGUCUGUUUUAAUGUAUCUACAGUAUUACAAAAUGCUGCUGUCUCUUUUAGUUUCUUUACAGUGCUACAAAAUGCUACUGUCUCAUUUAGUUUCUUUACAGUGUUAUAAUUAUAUGUUCUUACUGGUUGAGAAUACAAUGCAUUUUGACCACUAUUGUUUGUUCAACAAAGUAAACAGCACUUGACUAAAUAUUUUUGUUUAAAUAAAUCUGAAACUGACUUAAGUGCGGUUUGCACGCUGGACUGUUGUUUGGAUUUAUCUAUGGUCCCGGGUUCAAACCCUGCCCGCUCCCAUCCCCCGUCGUCCUGCAUUAGGUUUGGACUUGGAAGUAAAUUAUCUUCAACUCUGAAGGAACAUCCGAAGCAUGUAAAACAUUUUUACAAAAAACACCUGAAUUUGUUUUUCAUAAUUAUAUUAUUCUGACAAUUUAUUUAUUUAUGAAUUAUGUAUGAAAAGGUACCAGCUUUUAGAUGCCUGAUAAACUGUAAAGUGCUCAAUUGCUUAAAAGUACCCCUUUCAGAUCUUGUGAUCUACGGUGCAGAUUGGUUUCUGUGGUCCACGGUUAAUGAGGGUGUCAUGUGGCCAGCACAACAACUAACCGCCUCAAUAGCUUCUCUUGCUAAUCUUCAUGCAGACUUGUUUCUCAUUCUUCCUUAUCUAAUCCAGAUUCCUAAACAAUUCUGCAGUGAUUAGUUGGCAUGGAUUUUAAAAAUAUAUUUUAUGGGCAUGUUUAGUUGUGUACUUUAAGAGAAAUAUUUUUACAUGCAGAUUUAGGAUUUAUUAACACUCAUCAUGUUUUAUUGUUUAUUAUGAUUUCUGUGUUCUAGGAUUUGGGUUGGCUGCCUGGUUCAAAUCUUGCCCGCUCCCAUCCCCCGUCGUUUGGACUAGGAAGAACACUAUCUUUAACUCUAACAUCUGAAACAUGUAAAACAUUUUACAAAUAUUUUAACCAUGAUGUGAUUGGGCUCAUUGAUGUCAAGUCUGUGACCAUUAGGGCCUACAAUGGCCCUUGAAAAAAAAGAGAGAAAAGUAUCAAAUUUAUAUUAUGUGUUACUUGUUAGAAGUCAUUACUUUUAAAAGAUAGUACCUUCAUCAGAAUGCCUUUUUGUGCUGAUACAUACAGGAUGGCUCAAUUUUUUUUUUGUUACACUUAAACCUAUGGUUUACCAUAUUCUCGAGCCCAGACCCAUGCAUACAUUGCUAUUUUACUACUAGGAUCAUUAUACAUUAUACAAGUCUAGACCCAAACAACAUGAAAGUCCCAUGCAGAUACAGUAUUGCUAUGUUUUUCAAAGCUGGCUCAUGAUAUAAUGUGUGACAAUUUGUAUGAGUCAGAAUUUGUGUAAAUGUGAUAAGUCAUGUAGACAGUAAAUCAAGUAUAUGUGUUAUAGAAACUUUUUUUUGAGAUGUUGAGUUUAAUGUAUAAAAAAAAAAGAACUCUGUGAUCUUGCUGGCUUGGUGUAUAAUGUAAUCAUUGGAGCUAUUCUUUGGAAGAUGUGUACCUGUCCAGCGCAGUUUACCAAACUCAUAUUUAAUUUAUUGUUUCUCAUGACAUAGUCGUUCAUCUUGUACAUACAGCUAUAAGAAUAACAAGAUUCAGUGGUUGUGUCUUGUAUGUAAUUUUGAAACAAUAGAAAUACGCUAAGUUGAUUCCUUAAACCAGUGGUGAGCAAACUACAGCAUGUGGAAUGGUUUAAUCUGGCUCGUCAAUGAUUUAUAAAAAUUAUUUAAAAUAACAAUGUCACUCCCAAGUU